CAAUGGUAAAUUUUUUUUAGCAUUCGAGUAUUUGUUUUUGCGAGUUAUGUUCCUGUGGUAACUCCAUCGUUGUACUUGAGUUCAUUUCCUGUCAAUAAUGCAAGGCAGAGGGAACGGUGGUGACAGACGAGGUGCUGGGUUGGUUCGUAUGUCUGGGGACCGAACACACGGGGGCGGUAGAUCGGGGCACAACGAGACAAACCGUCGCACCACAACCCCCAACCAAGGGAUGUUGAUGGUGGGACCAAACUUUCGUGUGGGCAAGAAAAUUGGAUGUGGAAAUUUUGGAGAGUUACGACUAGGUAAAAACCUUUACAAUAAUGAGCACGUUGCUAUAAAAUUGGAGCCAAUGAAAUCUCGAGCACCCCAGCUACAUUUGGAAUACCGCUAUUAUAAGUUGCUGGGAAAUACUGAUGGAAUACCUCAAGUUUAUUAUUUUGGACCGUGUGGUAAAUAUAAUGCUAUGGUGAUGGAACUACUGGGUCCUAGUCUCGAAGAUUUAUUUGAUUUGUGUGACCGGACAUUCUCUUUAAAGACAGUUCUUAUGGUUGCCAUUCAACUGAUUCAUCGGAUCGAGUACGUACAUUCAAAACAUUUAAUUUAUCGAGAUGUGAAACCUGAAAACUUUCUCAUUGGCCGAAUCGGAACACCAAACCAAUCUACUAUAAAUAUCAUUGACUAUGGGCUUGCUAAGGAAUACAUUGAUCCAGAAACAAGAAAACACAUUCCUUAUCGAGAACAUAAAAGUUUAACUGGCACAGCCCGUUAUAUGAGCAUCAAUACACAUUUAGGAAAAGAGCAAAGUCGUCGUGAUGAUCUAGAAGCUCUUGGUCAUAUGUUCAUGUACUUUUUAAGAGGAAGUUUGCCAUGGCAAGGUUUAAAAGCUGAUACUCUGAAGGAGCGAUAUCAGAAGAUUGGAGACACCAAACGUACAACACCCAUUGAAGUGUUGUGUGAAAAUCACCCAGAAGAGAUGGCGACUUACUUACGCUAUGUGAGGCAUCUUGACUUCUUUGAAACUCCGGACUAUGAUUAUCUAAGAAAAUUAUUUUCUGAUCUCUAUGAUAGAAAAGGAUACCCACAUGAUGAUGAAUUUGAUUGGUCGGGGAAACCCCUGCAAUCUUCAUCUCAAGUUACAACAGAUGUCCCAAGAAGUCACCCCCAACCACAACGACCUCGAGAUCGCUUUUCCCACCAAGUCGAUGGCAACGCAGACGACCCGGGUGCCGGACAUUCGAACGCUCCCAUCACCCCACAACAUCACGACGUUGACGUCAUUACCGAAAUAAAAUGCUGCUGCUUUAAACGUCGUCGGAAGCGAACUGGAAACCCUCGACGCUAAACUGACUGCUUUUACGACAGAGCGACCGUUAAGUAUUUGACAUUUGCUUAUACAUGCGCGUCAGUUAACGAACGUUAUAAGCCCUUUCCCUAAGCACAGCAUUCAACACAUGUUCUGUACGUUCUACCUUGGUUGGUAUCUACGCACUGAACGUUAACAAACAAUUUGGCGAUCCCCGAAACGCUACCCUCCGCUGUUCAAUUUUUUGUUUUAAACGACGUCUGCCACGUGUUGGUGGGCGACGCAGGUCUUUUGUUUCGAAAUCAACAACGUUUGGAAGGAUUAGGCAACUUCUUAUGGCGUAUAUAUUCUUUAUUUGUACAUAAUAUGCAAUCAUUGUACUUUUUGUGGUCGGCGCUUUAAAAACAGCGUGUAGCUGCUUAUAUGUGCAUGGAACCCGACCUAACCCUUUCAACUGUCGCGAAAUAGGAAACACGACACGAGGCAUUUGCUCUUACCGUAACUGCGUCGUACUCUGUGUUUGUUCUAAACCGUACAUUGUUUGUUCUACGUUAUAUGUAUUGCCUGCUGCGCCUACAAGUCGUACAAAGCAUUCGCUGGGCACUAUCCUAUGAUCGAAGCAACAUGAUAACGCAGUUCCACGCUGCUGCUCUCCACUAUUCUGAUAUAGUGUAUUUUAUUUUUACUUCGAUUUUUAUUUUUGUUGGCGGUUACAUUUUUUGCGGUUUUCACAUUUCGAACCGGAUAUGUUCAAAAUCACCUCGUAAUUAUAAUUACUGAACAUCAGAUGUAAAUGCAGCUUUUGCAUUUAACAUGCUGUUGUAGGAAACACGUCUCCUAUAACUUUUCCCGGUAUUCUAAACCACCAAUUUCCCAGCUGUACGCUUAUAAAGACAACUGUUGAAAUGCAGCAGCGCAAAACUCUUUCCUGCGCUCUGCCAUGCCUAUGACUUGCAUUAUAUUUCAAUAUUCACAGCAUGGACAUUGGAAAUAGUGCAAUAUUUUAAGUUAUUAGUAAUGCUAUGGUAACACAAACCACACGUUCGAUUCGGGCAAAUUUUCUCGCCUAGCGAACCUACCCUGGAGAGAAACCACAAAUCGAUAUUUCUUUGUUCCAACCUUCUUAAAGCAGUGGUUAAAUAAGUGUUCAACAAAAGCUAAUUCACCAGCGCACUUUCACUUGGAGCCACUUUGACCUUGUAAUUGAUUAAACCCUUUUGACAUUCUACCGUUUUCUAUUAAGAAGCGACACUUAUCGCCUGUUACAAAAAAUUGCGUAAAAUAUAAAAUGUGCGACGAACACAAAUAUUCAAAUCCUUCAACACCAGAAAAAAAUAUCCCAAUUUUUUAUGUGCGUUGUUCAUGUUUACUGUGCAGUCGUGUUAUAUAAGUUCGGUUGUGUUGGUCUACCACACAUAUAUAAAUAUAUAUGUGUAUGUGUGCGCGCCUUUUCGCGUUUGUUUUCUUUUAUUCCACUUGUAACGACUCCACAUUACAACGGAACUUGAAAUAAACCAUUUUACGUUUAA